AUGGCAGCAGAAUCCUCAAACCCACCAAAUAACCUCAAAAUCACAGUUCAGAAAAACCCUUCACAGUCUCAACUGUCUCAACUUGGCAUCAAAUCUUGGCCCAAAUGGGGGUGCCCACCAGGUAAAUACCAGUUCAAAUAUGAUGCAGAAGAGACAUGUUACUUAGUGAGAGGUAAGGUGAAAGUUGAGCCAAGAAAUCAAGAAGAGGCAGGUGAAAGUGUGGAGUUUGGAGCUGGGGAUCUUGUGGUCAUUCCAAAGGGGCUUAGCUGCACUUGGGAUGUCUCUAUUACUGUUGACAAACACUAUAAGUUUGAUUCUUCUUCUUCUUCUUCUUCAUCUUCUUCAUAA